GCUCCCUCACCAUUCAAACAAUCCUUUUCUCCCCCCACUUACUCUAAAAUUCUAAUACCACUCCUAAUUAUCUUCCUCUACCAUUUUUUUUUCUCUUCUUCUUUCUCUUCCUUGCUAAACCAUCCAUCAUUAUCAUUUCAUUCUUUUUCUUCACUCCUUAUAUUUUUCCUACUUACUAUUGUACAUAAUAUCAAGGAAUUAAUACUGUGUUCUACUACUAAUAAUCUAUGGAAACCAACAAAUUUUCAGCCAUGUUACAUAAGAGAACCAACAAAAUCACUCGUGUGCUUAUCUAUGCCAUUCUUGAAUGGACUCUAAUCUUUUUACUCCUAAUAAACUCUCUCUUCUCCUACUUCAUCCUUAAAUUCGCGCUAUAUUUCGGUCUUAAACCUCCCUGUUUCUUAUGUUCAAGGCUUGAUCACUUUUUAGACUCUCACAAGAAAGAAAAACAAAACAAAUCUCCCUAUACAGAUAUCAUCUGUGAACAACAUGCUGCUGAGAUAUCCAAGAUUGGGUAUUGCUCCCAUCAUCGAAAGCUUGUCGAAUUGCAACAUAUGUGUAAUGAUUGUUUUUCUUCUUCUUCUUUACCCGCUGAUCCUCAGCUCUUCAAGUGGAUGACAAACAUUGGUAUAGUUAAAACUGAUGCAGAGGAUAAUGAUGAUGAUGAUGAUGUUGUGAAGAAGUGUUCUUGUUGUGAUGGAGUGAUCGAUCCAAUUAGCAAAGAUUCUUCCCUGGAUUUUGUGAUUAAAGGAAGAGAAUUGUUGGGUGAUCUUUUUUCAGAUCAAAAAGUACAGGUAAAUUCUGAUCAGUCUGAUGAUUUAAAGUUUGGGUAUCAAGUAUUGGGUGACGGAGCCGAAGAAGAAGACGAGAGCGAAGAUGAUGAAGAUAUGAUUUUAGAAACAGAGAAAGAACCUCUUCUUGAUACUGAUAACAACAAUAAUGAUAUUGAUGGUAAAAAUAAGGAGAAUUUAACCACUGAAAUAUGCCUUGAUAUGCUUCCACAACAUCUAGAGUUUUAUAUUGAUCAUGAUGAUUAUAGAUUGAUCCCAGUUGAUAUGAAUCAUGGUAAUUCAAUCAAAGUUGUUGGGGAGGAAGAAAAGAGAGAAAAUUCAGAACUUUCCAGGGAAUUUGAGUUGAUUUUUGAAGGAGAUGAGCUUGUUUUUCCUGGGUGUGAGAUAAUCACUUCCAAGGAUUUGCCCUGUAUACAGGAAGAAGAGCAAAGUGUAACUGAGAAUAAUCAAGUUUCUAAAGAUGAGGAAAAGAAAGAUUGUUCAGAGAAAUUUGAGCUGGUUUUUGAAGGAGAUGAUCUUUUGCAGAAAGAAGAAGAAACCAUUAUUAAGAAUUUGCAAAUGUCCAAUGAUGUGGAAAAGAUGAAUGAUUUAAGCAAAUUUGAGCUGGAUUUUGGAAAUUAUGAGCUUUUGCAGGAAGAAGAAGAAACCAUUAUUGAGAAUUUGCAUAUUCCCAAAGAUGAGGAAAAGAUAGAUUAUUCAAGCAAAUUUGAGCUGGUUUUUGAUGGAGAUAAAUUUGUUGCUGAAUGUGAGAUCAUAAGUGCAAGUUCACCGAAAGAAGAGGUGGAAAGUGCAACCGACAAUUUGCAAAAUCGCCAAGAUAAUCCUCACGAUUGCGAAGACGAGAAAGAGGAAGACGAAGAGGAAGAGGAGGAGGAAGAGGAAGAAGAGGAUUCACAAAUUCCACAACCCUUACAAAUGGAGGAGAAAAAAAGAGAAAUAGACCAUUCACUCUUUUUGAAAGAGCAAGAAGACAAUGCAACUGUUGAGUGUACAGCCAUUUUGGAUGAGAAGGAGACAGAUGAUGAAACCAUAGAAGCUGAUAUCCAAGCAAUAGUUCAGACAACUUCAACUCCUGCAGUGUCUAAGGAGGAUGAUGCGUCUCUGGAGACUGAUGAAUCUGAUACUGAAGAAAAGAAUCAAAAUCCAACAGAUAAUAUACUAUUAAUUGAAGAGUUCAAGGAAGAUACUGCAUCACAUUUGAGGAGUCAAGAAAGUCACACUAUCACUGCGAAUGUAGAAUCCGAGGUUUCCGCCAGUUAUCCUCAUGAUGCUGAAAUCAGUGAAGUAAGCCAAAAUUCUAAGGUCGGCAUGUCCCAUAAUGAGGUAGAUGAAGAGAAAGUUCCUGAUACACCAACCUCUUCAGAAAGCCUAAGUCAUUUGAACAAGAAAUUGUUCCUACUAGGGAGAAGGGAAUCGGCAACAGAGGAAUCACUUGACGGGAUGAGUAUGAUAAGUGAGCAAGAGAGCACGGAAACGAUGGAGAAGCUCAAAGUAGACCUACUUUCUGAAAGAAAGACAUUGAGAGCAUUAUAUAAAGAACUAGAGGAGGAGAGGAAUGCCUCAGCUAUUGCAGCUAACCAAACAAUGGCAAUGAUAACAAGGCUUCAAGAAGAGAAAGCAACUAUGCAGAUGGAAGCGUUGCAGUACCAAAGAAUGAUGGAAGAACAAUCAGAGUACGAUCAAGAAGCGCUGCAGAUGAUGAACGAGCUUGUGAUAAAGAGGGAGAAAGAGAAGCAAGAGCUUGAGAAGGAGCUUGAAGCAUAUAGAAAAAAGGUGAUGGAUUAUGAGGAAAGAGAGAAGUUAAGGAUGUUAUGUAGGAGAAGAAGCAGGAAUUCUUCUGCUUCUUGCAGUUACGGAGAAGAGAGCGAUGGACUAUCGAUAGAUUUGAAUCACGAGGUGAAAGAACAAGAGGAAGAAAGUGGAAGUACACAUAGUCAUGAAGAAAAUGGGCACCAAGAUACACCAGCUGAUGCAGUCCUAUGUUUACAAGACUCGUUGACCGGGUUUGAAGAUGAGAGGCAGGCGAUACUAGGGCAGCUUAAGGUUUUAGAAGAGAAACUCUUUACACUGGCUGAGGAAGAAGAGGAACAUUUCGACAACACAAAACCAUUCGAGCAGUUCUAUGAAGAGAACGGAAAAGAUUUUGAGGGUAAUGGGGAUGACAGUAAUGGGUUUAUUCAUGUUAAUGGAAAACAUCAGCAAGAAAAGAGGAUGAAUGGUUCAAUGCCAAAGAGGCUUCUUCCAUUAUUUGAUGCAGUUGAGUUAUCGGAAUCCCCAAAUGGGGAGUUAAACGGAAAUGGAGAUCAUGAUUUUCAUAUUACAAAGUUCGAAUUAGAAAAGAAAAGGUUUGCAAUCGAAGAGGAAGUUGAUCAUGUCUAUGAGAGGCUGCAAUCUCUAGAAGCUGAUAGGGAAUUCCUAAAACAUUGCAUUGGUUCAUUGAGGAAAGGUGACAAGGGUUUGGAUCUUCUUCAAGAGAUCCUACAACAUCUACGCGAUUUGAAGAAUGUGGAACUUCAAGCCAUGAAGAAUACGGAUCAAUGUGCUUCGGUGUAAAAGUCUAUGACAUUAUAGAUUCCCAUGUUCAUGGUUCUUGCUGCUAAAUCAGUCAAAAAGCCCAUUCUAUGGGAUCGAAAAAUACGGAUAAAGAAGAUCAAGAUCAAACUUUUGUCGGCUAGAUUUCAGUGAAGGACCCCCUAAAUGGAGAGGGAAGUUCUUGGGUAGGCAAGAAACCUCGAGGUUUGCUGACCCUUUUUUUUUCCUUUCUUGUUUUCUGCUUUUGUUUUUUGUUCAAAGUAAAUGUAAAACAUCCCAAUUUUUUGUGGGGUUAGUCUCUUUUUUUUCUACCCAUCACCUCCCUUUGAGGGAAAAGGGAAUGAUGGAUUUUAAGUGUGUGUAGGAUAGUGGAAGUAUCAAGACAACCUGUCAUUUUGUAUUUGUUUUAUGAUCAAAAAAGAAAAAAAAAAAGAGGACCUGGCAUCAGCAGAAACUGGGAGAUCCAACAAUGAUUCCAGUCCCAAACACAUGACAUUAGUUUUAUCAGAUACACCUUAGGAUUAGGAAUUAGCUGUAUUUAUUCUUCAUUUUUGUUUUAUAUCAGAGAUUUUGUGGAGGGAACUUUUGCCUUAUUUUUUUUUCCUAUUUUUGUGAGUCAGUACUCAGUUGUAUUAUUACUUGAUCACAUGGGUGUUGAUCAAAGCUUUUGGAGUAAAGUUAGCUUACUAGUUACCUGUAUAUUAAUUUAAUGUAAUGAAUCUGUUCUGUAAAGUAUAUAAAGUGAGUGUUUGUUUAUGCUA